AAAAGAAAAUUGAAAAGGGAAAAAAAAAACUUUAUUCUGAACGUUUAACAAUGUUAUCCGUCCGAUAGUGUAAUAUCGCGUUCAUGUGACAAUUUAAAUAGUUAAUUUUUGAAAAAGGUGUUUAGAAAAAAAAAAUAUGAGGUUUCAUCAGUAAAAGUGACGUUUAAAACAGAUAAGGACAAAAAAAAGGAAGGAAAGUGCCGGUAACAAUUGAGGGGUGUGUUUAAAUAAAAGUAUUAAUAGAUGAUUGUUAAUGGAUUGCGCGAUUAAUUUUUUAAAACACUUCUUAAUAAUUAUAAAAUCUAAAAAAAGUGAACGUAAAAAUUAAAAAGAGGAAAAAAAAAACUUAAGAAAAUGGCGGAUCUUGAAGCUGUUUUGGCGGAUGUCAGCUACUUGAUGGCCAUGGAAAAAAGCAAAUGCGCACCCGCAGCAAGAGCAAGCAAAAAGAUUAUCUUACCUGAUCCUAGUGUCCGAAGCGCAACGCACAAACAUUUGGAAAAGAAGAAUGAAGUGAAUUUCGACAAAAUCUUUAAUCAAAUGUUAGGGUAUCUUUUAUUCAAGGAGUUUUGCGAGACUGCCGCUGAGGAACCAAUUCCGCAACUUAGGUUUUAUGAACAAAUUAAAGCUUACGAAAAACUGGAAUGUCCAGAAGAAAGAAGAAAGCUUGCAAAAGAAGUUUACGAUAACUUUAUCAUGAAAGAAUUAUUGGCACAUUCUCACGAAUACUCAAAAGAUGCUGUUUCACAUGUGCACAAGUAUCUUAUGAAAAAUGAGGUUCCUGUCAAUUUAUUCGAGCCGUACAUAGAGGAAAUUUUCAACCAUUUAAGGGGUGAUCCGUUUAAAAAGUUCCUAGAAAGUGACAAAUAUACACGAUUUUGUCAAUGGAAGAAUCUCGAAUUAAAUAUACAGUUAACUAUGAAUGACUUCAGCGUACAUAGAAUAAUUGGCAGGGGAGGUUUUGGUGAGGUUUAUGGAUGUCGUAAAGCGGACACGGGCAAAAUGUAUGCAAUGAAGUGCCUCGAUAAGAAGCGCAUCAAAAUGAAACAGGGUGAAACUUUAGCACUUAAUGAAAGGAUAAUGCUAGCUCUAGUCAGUACCGGGGUUGAUUGCCCUUUUAUAGUAUGUAUGACUUACGCCUUUCACACACCCGAUAAACUUUGUUUUAUAUUGGAUUUAAUGAAUGGUGGCGAUCUUCAUUAUCAUCUUAGUCAACAUGGCGUUUUCAAUGAACCAGAAAUGAAAUUUUAUGCCGCCGAAGUAAUAUUAGGUCUUGAACAUAUGCAUCGGCGUUAUAUUGUUUAUCGUGAUCUCAAGCCAGCGAAUAUUCUUCUUGAUGAACACGGACACGUUAGAAUAUCUGAUUUAGGAUUAGCUUGUGAUUUUUCGAAAAAAAAACCACACGCAAGUGUUGGUACACAUGGUUACAUGGCACCUGAAGUUCUUUCAAAAGGCACAGCGUAUGAUUCCAGUGCUGAUUGGUUUUCAUUUGGAUGUAUGUUAUACAAGCUACUAAAAGGACAUAGUCCAUUUAGACAACAUAAAACAAAGGAUAAACAUGAAAUAGACAAAAUGACUCUCACUAUGGAUGUUGAAUUACCCGAUACGUUUUCACGGGAACUGCGCUCACUUUUGGAAGGAUUGUUACAACGAGACAUUAACAAUAGAUUGGGUUGCCGUGGAGCAGGAGCUGAUGAAUUAAAAGAGCAUCCAUUUUUUAAUGGUAUUGAUUGGCAACAGGUUUAUCUUCAAAAAUAUACACCACCACUAAUUCCACCUCGCGGUGAGGUAAACGCUGCCGAUGCUUUUGAUAUUGGUUCCUUUGAUGAGGAGGACACCAAGGGUAUAAAAUUGACUGAUGCAGAUCAGGAUCUGUAUAAAGAUUUUCCUAUGGUUAUUUCUGAAAGAUGGCAAGCUGAAGUUGCGGAAACAGUAUUUGAAACAAUUAAUCAAGAAGCUGAUAAGGUUGAAAACAAAAGAAGAGCAAAAAAAGUUCGAUUUGAAGCAGAUGAGAAAGGAUCUGAUUGUAUUUUAAAUGGAUACGUAAAAAAAUUAGGUGGUCCUUUUGCCAGUGCAUGGCAAACACGUUAUGCAAAGCUUUAUCCAAAUAGACUAGAACUUCACCCAGAAUCAGCUGGCACACGUCCAGAAUUAGUGUUUCUAGACCAGGUAGAAGAAGUUGCUAGUGAUCUUCAACCUGUAAAAGGAGAACAGUGCAUUGUAAUGCGCACAAGAGAUGCCAAAAUUGUCCUAACUAAUCCGGAGGACGAAAUUAGUCUUAAAGAAUGGGCAUUAUCGUUACGAAUGGCUCAUAAAAAUUCAAUGGACAUGCUUGGAAGUAUGGCGAAAAAAGCUGGAAAAAUCUAUGGGACUGAACGCGAUGUAGUCUCACCUCCAACGCAGCGUUCAACCAACGGAAACUAGCCCAUUUUUAAAUAUUUAUCACCACACUCCAAUCCCACUGCCCGCAGCAGCGAUAGCAGCAGCAAAUUUUUUUAUACUAUUAAAACUAGUGAAACAAGUGACACCUAUUGGCACUGAGAAAUCGUGGGCUUCCCUCUCAGAGCUCGACUAUCAUUCAUCUUUGAUUCUUUUUACUUAUUCUCUGAGUCCUACAACCGUAGAAACAAAAAAAAAAAAAAAAUAA